UUGCAGUUUUUCCGACCGGAUGCGACUUUCCGCAAACGACAGGACGACAUCGCGUUUAUUAUUUUCUCUGGAAAUUAAUUACCGCUUGAGGGGAAAAAUGCCGGUGAAUUGUAUAAAAUAGUGUAAAUUCAACGGUAGCUUAGAAAUCAUGCUGCCUUGUCUUCGUUCUCAAUUAGAUAUUUUAAACAGUACUUUUGCUAACCAGAAAGCACUAUAUUGCCAAAGUGGCACUGUCAGAUCCUGAAAGCCAUGAAUCUCAACGUUCUGUUCGUAAUUUUGUCGAUGUUUUUGGUUUUCGUUGGCAGAGCAGACUCUGCCCACCGGACGGACACAAACACCUCCCCGCUUGUAACGCGGGAGAUCUUUCAGAAAGCCAUAGAAAAAGCCGGUUACGGAAUGUCCACGUACCAGCAGUAUAAGCCUCUUGUCGUCACCGCUCAGUCCAAAGCCAAGAUCAGCUCAAUGCGGGAACUAGCCAUGUUUAUCGCCAACGUCCUCCAGGGAACCGACGGCCUGUGGACCACGGAUGGGACGUCGUGGUCCGGUGCUCCCGACCCGGCGCAUCCCAAUCGAGAUUACCACGCACGAGGAUACCUGAUGAUGCGUGGAUUCCCGCUGUACAAGGAAGUAUCAAAGGGACUGUAUGGCGAUGACCGGUUGGUGAAGAACCCGGCUCUCGUAACCAAGAACCCGGCAGCUUGGGACACGGCGUAUUGGAUUUGGGCCAACAAGGUGCACAAUCGGCCCGGCAUUGCUGAAGGGAAAUUCGGCGUUUCCCGAAAGAUUCUCAGUGAUGACAGAGACUGCGGGAGUAAUGCUGUGGAUCGUGACCAUGCGACGGAAAGCUUUCAGUUUUAUUCAGCGCUUUUGAGCGUCUUCGAACCUACUAGCAAACCUGAUAAAUCCGGUUGCUAAACCGUGCUGAAAGAAAUUACCUGCAGCGACGUGUGUUUUUGAAGAUGUUUGUCAAAAGAUCCUUUUUUGCAAUGCAAAGUUACCUUUUGCGAUAAACGCGAAGUCUAAGUGCAGUGUUUAUGAUUGUUACUGUAUUAAUGUUAACUACUAGAAGUAGUGACAAAAUUUAGCAAGCGAAGAACUUGGCAUACUUUUAUGCAGGCCAUUGCAUUUUUAUACGUAUGACUGCGGCGAUCACAGUUGACUGAUGAAUUUAUGCA